AUGUAUCACAAUACAUCAUUAAGAAACCAAGGAUUUACUAACAAAAAACAUUCCAGAAGUUAUGGUGGCAGAAAAGAAAAUGAGAAACAUGUUGUCUGGAAUAAAUAUGGCCUUACAAAUAUGAGUAAUUUUUUUCAUACUACAAAUUUUUCUAAAACUAGAGGACCAUUAAUUUCAAGCAAAAAUUCUUUUAAUGGUAGGGGAACUUUUACUAAUAAUAUAAUUAGAAAUGGUCAAAUGAUUCAUGGUGGUAAGGAGAUUUGGAAAAAAUAUCAAUUACAAGGUCCACAAUAUGGUGGAAAAGGAAAAUUGUAUGGUUAUGGUUCUUAUAAUGCUGGUCAUCGUAUUGGAAAUCGGUAUAUUGAUCCUCAAAAUGAGAUUUAUGGCCCUAUGAAUGGUUAUAGAAAGGGAUAUGACAAAACUUUAGAUGUUAGGAAAAGAAAAAAUUUUUCUAAUGUUGAUGAAAAAGGAUUCUUAGUUAAUGAUAUUUAUAUGGAUAGUGAAUUUGGACCUGGUGACUAUAAAAAAAGUCGUGGAAUGAAUCCUGGUGAUAGAAUAAAGGGACGAUCUUAUACUGAAUUAAAAGGUCUUAUUAUUGCUAUUAUACACAUAAGAAAUAAAUUUUUUAUUAAUCCUAAUUUAUCUAAUGAUAUGUAUAUUGAUCAACCAAAAUGGGAAUAUUAUGGACAAAUGGGUAUUAAAAGGAAAUUGAGUCUUGGUAUUAAUUAUCGUUCACUAGAAGCAAUUAAUUUUGUUCUUGCUUCAAAUUUUUAUCGUGAUCGUCUUGAUAAACUUAUAAGAAUGUGUAUACAGGAGGCAGAAAAAAAUAAUGUUGAUCCAAAAUAUAUUCAAUCAAUUUAUCAUAUGAUUAACGAAAGAUGGAAUAAGAGAAGGAGUGCCAGAAUUUUAGAUGCAGAUGAAAAGAUUGAUUUUACAAAAUAUGGUUUAGCAUACCGUUUAAAAACAUCACUUAUAGAAAGAAGAAUUAAAAGAGUUUCUUAUAAAGAUAAUCUUUUAUAUAAAAUUAGAACAUUAAUUCCUGUAAAAUUGAAUAGGACAUUUGAAAAUGAACUUGUUAAAAGAGCAAUAGAUUAUCGUAAGAAAAGACUAGAAAAUAAAGUUAAACCAAUUCAAAGUGUUGCUAAAAUUAAUAGUUUACCACUAGAAAAACGUAUUCAAAAUAAUAGGUGGGAUGUUGUUUCAUGGAAACAAAUGAUGACUGAGAUUCAGGAAAAAGAAAUUUCAGAUGUAGAGAGAAAUUUUUAUGAUGAAAUAUUACAACAAUAUCCUAAUAAUAGUGAAUGUUGGAAAAUUUAUAUUGAACAUGAGGUACGUUGUGGAAAUGUAGAUAAAGCAGAGGAGUUAUUUCAAAAAUGUUUACCAGUAAUUAAAAAUAUUAAUCUUUAUGUUUAUUAUGUUGAUUUUGUAAGGACAACAAAAACACAACUUCCAGAUUAUCGAGAAGUUUUAGCUAAAGCUUAUGAAUUUGCAAUAGAAAAUGUUGGACUAGAUAUAAAAGCGCUUCCUUUAUAUAAAAGUUAUAUACAAUUUUUAGAAAAUGUAGUUGCAAAUGGUCCAUAUGCUGAGAAUCAAAAAAUAUCUGCUAUAAGAAAAGUUUAUGCCAAGGCAUUUCAAGUUCCAAUGACUGGAAUAGAUGCUUUUUUUAUGGAAUAUUCAAAUUUUGAAAAAAAAGUUAAUCCGCCAAUGGCAGAGAGAUUUAUUGCAGAAAGAAUGAAAGAUUAUAAUAAGAUUAAAAAAAUUAUGCAAUCAUUUCAGGCUAUUCAUAAACCACUAGAUUAUGAAAGAUUUUCUGUUCCAAAAAGAGCGCAAUUACCUGAUGAAAAGAAACAAAGAAUGUUUUGGCAAAGAUAUGUUAAUUGGGAAAGGAAAUGUUUAUUGAAAAUAAAUGAUCCUUUAGAAAGAUUAAAAAGAAUUUCAUAUGCUUAUGAACAAUAUUUAUUACGAUUUGGUAGACAUCCAAAUUUGUGUUAUCAAGUUUUAAUGUUUCAUCUAGAUUAUAUUGAAAAAAUGGAUAGUAGAGGGGAAGUUAUUGCUUAUUCAGAGAUUGAAAAUAUUGUUGAAAGUUAUUUUAAAAAAAUGAUUACUGAAGAAAGGAAAGAAUUUAAACUUGCUCAAGAGUAUUAUAAAACUUUACUAACUAACACUGAAUAUAAUUUUGAUCCUAAUUUAAUUUAUAUAAGUUAUAUGCAAUUUACUAGAAGAUGUCUUGGAGCUGAUAAAUAUAGAUUAGUUUUUAGAAAAUUACGACAAGAUCCAAGAGUUGGAAUUUUACCAUAUUUAGCAGCUGCUAACAUUGAAUUUAGAUGUUUAAAAAAUCGUAAUGUAGCUUUUAAUAUUUUAAAAUAUACAGAAGAUAAAUUUGGACAUGUUUUAGAAUUAGAAAAAGAAUGGUUUGACUUAAGUUUAAGACAACCUUGCAAAGAAUUAAUUAAAGAACAAUUUAAAAAAUACAUAUCAAUAUAUUCAUUAUCUGGACAAGAAAAAAUUGAAGCAUGGGAGAUAGCUUUUAGACAUAUUUUUAUUCAUGAAACAAAAGAAAAUCUUAAAAAGAUAGAAGAAGAAAGAAAAGAAUCUCUUUCACAUGUUUAUAAGGAUAAAAAACUUCAUGAGUUAACUGAUCGUUACUCUUAUGGGGGAAUUUUACCAUUAACACCAGAACAAUGUAAAUUAUCAGGUUAUUUUACAACAAUAAAACCACCAACAAAGAAAACCCGUGAAACAGAACAUCAAUUACAGGAAUUAGCAAUUAAAAUUUCACCAUUUACAACCCAUUAUAAAUUUAAAGGAAAGAAAAAAGUAAAUGGAAUAAAUACAAGAAAUGUUGUCAUAUAUAAUCCAUCAUCAGCUGUUGCUGCAUUGGUAAAAGAAACUAAAAAAACAGCAAUUGCAGAUAGGAUGGAAGGUUUAGUUAUUCCAACAUUUCAAAAUUGGGCCCCCUAUAAACCUGAGGAGGAUGAUUAUGUCAUUCCAAUGUUUGAUAGAAAUCGUUUUAAAAUACCAAAUAGUGUUAAUAAAGUUUUAAUGGACAUAGGUAAUUCGGUACGUUUUAUUGAACCUGUUGUUAAUUGUGAUAAUUUGUUAAAUACAUUAAUGAUGACGCAUUUUGACAAAAAUAUGAUCUAA